AAAGCUCUGCAACGAAGGACUAGGUCCAAGGACCGCAGCCGGAGGCGGGAAUUGUCAAGAUCCCAGGUUACGGAAUGGCACCGAGUCGGUGACCAAAGGAAGCAGGAACCCGGGUGUUCAAGGCAGUCCUCCAGGGCGGCGCGGGGGCUAGGCUGAGGCCACUCCCUUCCACUUCCUCGACGCUAUUUCCUGGGAGGAGUUGGAGCUGGCGGCCCGGAGCCAAGGGACUCCCAGACCCGUGCUCCAAAAUACUAGGCUUGGGGGAGGCUGGUUCCUGAGCGGCGCCAGGACCGUUCUGCCAUGCAUAGUGGACCCGGCACUACAGCUAGCCUGGCACGACCUCUAGGGCGGUUCGCAACGGCAUUCGUACGUCGGCUCGUUGGUCUAGGGGUAUGAUUCUCGCUUCGGGUGCGAGAGGUCCCGGGUUCAAAUCCCGGACGAGCCCUCCUUUACGUUUUGCUGAAACAAGAGUGUCUUCAAGGAAUGUGUUACCUGACCAGCGCUGCAGGAGGCUUCACUGGAAAUCAUCAAUGUACAGUAAGCUCUUUUGUGGCACCGGGGUAACAGAAAGAAUCUCAGUCCCCAGACCCGCCUGGCAUGUCAGGAAGAGACGAGGCACGCCCAGACUUGGGCAGGACGCUCCCUUUCUGCUUCUUGACUUCCUGCGUGGUGUCUCAACUCCGCCACUACAGCCUGGUUUCGGUUUGAUUGACACCCAUCAAUCUAUAGUUGUGGAUGACAGUGUUCGGGAGAGCCCAGGAACUGUCAGAACUUGGUUCUCUGCAGCCCUGGAGGUACUCUGUCUCUUUCGGUCACUCCAUCUGACGAUGGGUGCCUGAAAUACACCUACAGUUUUUGGUCGGCUUUUCUCGGUGGUCGGAAGAACAGAACCCUUAGGAACUCUGCUGUCAGCAAGCCGAGUGUAAAGUCCCAGAUCAAGGAUUCGGAGACGACCGUUGACGGGUCACUCCUCGUUAGUAUAGUGCUCUCCUCCCCCUUUCCCUCUAAGGAUGGCCCAGAAGGAGAACGCCUACCCCUGGCCCUACGGCCGGCAGACGGCUCCGUCUGGCCUGAGCACCCUGCCCCAGCGAGUCCUCCGGAAAGAGCCUGUCACCCCAUCUGCACUUGUCCUCAUGAGCCGCUCCAAUGUCCAGCCCACAGCUGCCCCUGGCCAGAAGGUGGUGGAGAACAGCAGUGGGACACCCAACAUCUUAAUCAGGCGGCACUUCACAAUUGAUGACUUUGAGAUUGGGCGUCCUCUGGGCAAAGGCAAGUUUGGAAACGUGUACUUGGCUCGGGAGAAGAAAAGCCAUUUCAUCGUGGCGCUCAAGGUCCUCUUCAAGUCCCAGAUAGAGAAGGAGGGCGUGGAGCAUCAGCUGCGCAGAGAGAUCGAAAUCCAGGCCCACCUGCACCAUCCCAACAUCCUGCGUCUUUACAACUAUUUUUACGACCGGAGGAGGAUCUACUUGAUUCUAGAGUAUGCGCCCCGCGGGGAGCUCUACAAGGAGCUGCAGAAGAGCCGCACAUUUGAUGAGCAGCGAACAGCCACGAUCAUGGAGGAGUUGGCAGAUGCUCUGAUGUACUGCCACGGGAAGAAGGUGAUUCACAGAGACAUAAAGCCAGAGAAUCUGCUCUUAGGGCUCAAGGGAGAGCUGAAGAUUGCUGACUUUGGCUGGUCUGUGCAUGCGCCCUCCCUGAGGAGGAAGACAAUGUGUGGCACCCUGGACUACCUGCCCCCAGAGAUGAUUGAGGGGCGCACACACAACGAGAAGGUGGAUCUGUGGUGCAUUGGAGUGCUUUGCUAUGAGUUGCUGGUGGGAAACCCACCGUUUGAGAGCGCAUCACACAACGAGACCUAUCGGCGCAUCGUCAAGGUGGACCUAAAGUUCCCCGCUUCUGUGCCCACGGGAGCCCAGGACCUCAUCUCUAAACUGCUCAGGCAUAACCCCUCGGAACGGCUGCCCCUGGCCCAGGUCUCAGCCCACCCCUGGGUCCGGGCCAACUCUCGGAGGGUGCUGCCUCCCUCUGCCCUUCAAUCUGUUGCCUGAUGGUCCCUGUCAUUCACUGGGGUGUGUCUGUGUUUUGUAUGUUUGUGUAUGUAUAGGGGAAAGAAGGGAUCCUGCACUGUUCCCUUAUCUGUCUUCUACCUCCUCCUUUGUUUAAUAAAGGCUGAAGCUUUUUGUACUGA